AUGUGCUUCGAGUUCGGCUCCUGUUUUGGCGGCGGAAGGACGGACGACUACGGCGGCGAGCGGCCCAAUCGCAACAACGAGCACAGCGGUGGCCUUCGUGGCCGCGAACGCAGAGGGAACCACGGGAGCGCCUACAACGGUGGCGCCGCUGACCACAAAGCGGCGCUGCAGGUGGCGUACCACAACCAGCCGCCCGCCGCAGUCGACGAGGCCGGGCACAAGGCCUACGACGACGGCGCCGGUGGCCGCGGCGGUUACGCCGCCUACCCGCAACACAAGGCCGACCUCGAGGCGCCGAAGCUUCCCACGUGGCAAAACAAGGUCGGCGAGGACGCCUACACCGGGCGCCUCCAUGUCCAAGAACCUGCUGCCAUGGAUUACCCGGCUCUAGGCAGGUACUAGCAAGGCAGAUUAGCUAGUUUGGUAGUUUGUCUAAAAAAAAGCUAGCGUGGCAGUUCAUCAACCCCUCCCUCGCCCUGAACUUACACACCCUCUGCUUCUGCCCGGUAGCUCUGUUUUUUCCUCUGUUUUCUCUUUCUCUUUGCAUUUUGAUCCGUCUUCUCAUCUGCUGAGACUGAAAAAGGCACCUGGAAUAGGGGUCUGUGGAUUUUGAUCAGAGCUCCACGAAUUUGUCCGUGGAUGUGCGGCACAUGUUCUAGCUCCAGCAAAGCUUUUACCAGUCUUCUUCUGUAGUUUCUGGCAGUUUAGCUGUGGCUGAUUUCUUCU